GUACUUGACAGAGGCAGCAGCCACUGCAGUAGAUGACCGUCGUCAUGGGGAUGCUGUACAUAGGAUUGUCUGUAGCCGUCUAGGAGUCAAAAUCCCAAAGCCAUCUGUCAAGUGGCUGGCAUUUUAGUUCUGGCCCAAAGACCCUGCCCGUACAACAGCUGCUCAGUAUACUGGACGCUUGAAAGUAAAAUACAUGGUACAGGCUCGUCAGAUGCGCCUGACUCACCCUGACAGCCACUAUGCAUCAGCAUUGUACAGGUUUCUUCGAGAGUUUGCAGUUGGUUUUAAAUCUCACAGUGUCAUGAUUUGUCAAGAUGAUAAACAUCACUGCAAGGUAGAGGAACCCGGAUAUCCACUUGCAGCAGUGGAACGUGGAAAGCAGGUGAUCGUUGCUGUGGACAAGAAGAUGAUUGUUGGAGAUCAUGACUUUACUGCUUGCUCAAUCAUUCCGAGUGUGUCGUUGUUUCUAACCAUUCCUGACACAAUAUCAGGAUCCUUCUACCGAGGCAGAGUUUUUGUUUCCUUUAAAGAUGCUGUAUUUGAGCAGAGUUCUGCACUUCGUCAUGCUGCUGAAAUUUCAACAGAAGUCGGAGUCAGGAGUAAACCAAUCAUGCAGCUCUAUACUGAUGGGGGCCCUGCUCACAGGCUUAAUUAUUUAUCAACUCAGUUGGCCCUGAUUGCACUGUUUUUACGACAUGACUUGGACUUUGUUGUUGCUGUUAGAACACCGCCUCAUCAUUCUUGGAAGAACCCUGCAGAGAGAAUAAUGAGCAUUCUCAACCUAGGGCUUCAGUCUGUUGGGCUUAUGCAUAGUCGUAUGAAUGAAGAGUUGGAGACAGCGAUGAAGGGUUGCAAUAGCCUCUCAGCCAUUCGCAAUGCAGCAGAGAAGACAAAAGAAUUGAAGGAAGGCUUUAUUGAUUCUCUUGCUCCUGUAAAGGCACUUCUCAGUAAAGUUGCUCAGCGUCUUCAUUUGAAAGACGAACCAUUUACGGUAGUCAAUGCUGCAACAAAGCAGGAGAUGGAUGCUUUGUUUGAAGAACUCAAGGCUAUUGAACCUCGGCUGCUACAAACUGACCAAAGUCAGACAGUAAUUGAAAAGAGGCCAGGCUUAAAGAAAUUUCUCAGUCACUGCUGUUCGAUUCGCAAAUACACUUUCAGCGUGCAGAAGUGCUUUGAGCCAAGUUGUACCAUUUGCAAACCACCUCGACUACCUGCAAGCAUCUAUGAAAGGAUCCAUCACUUGCCGGAUCCAAUCCCAGAUGACAGUGGAGAACACUACAAGUCAUUUGAAGAGCUAUAUGGCACAAAGACUACAGAGUGUCACUGCCCUUCUGUGGCUUCCAAAGCAACCAAGGGCCAUGGAAUGCCUUUCUCUCCUACUGCACAAACAGCAAGAAAUGUAGGCGAAACUAUUUGCUGCACUGAAUGUCAGAAACCGAGAGUUUUAUAUAGUGCUCACAAAAUACAGUACAGCAGAUGCGAGUUACUCAGAGGAACACUAGAGAGCGUCUCUUACUCUUGUGGUACGUCACUCCAGGAGCUGCUGCUAGGGACAAGACCGUGUGAUGAUGAGGACAGUGCUGCUGAAGCGAACACAGACACACAGUUGGUUGAUCAAGCCAGACAAUCUGCUUUUCCUGAAGUGUAUGUUCGGGAGCAUCUCAGAUGUCAGGAUGCUAUUGAAAUCCCAUACUAUUCAAGUCAAUUGUUUAUUGACAGAUGCAUUCACUGUGCAUCGAUGGAGCAAUUGGUCAAUGACCAGGAAUGCUAUCCCAGUUGUAGAAACUGUAAGGACUCAAGAGUGCCAGGGAUCUUUAAGAGGAGGAAGAGAUGCAGAGAAGGACUGUUAAAGAAUAAGAAGAACUAGAUACAAGUAGAUGACUUUUAAUAGUUCUUGUCUGGUGUUUUAAUAGUAGUAUUUGAAAUAUUUAAUAAAUCAUCUGUGCACCAUUGUAGUUUAUAUCAAUAAUAAAAUAUAAAAUA